AUGCACGAGAUCGGCGAGACAGACAGGCGAUGGACAGCAAAGCUGCAGGCAAUCCUCCUCUCUGCUCGCUGUCGUCGUCCUAGCCGACCUGGCGCCUGCCGGCAAGACCUAGGCCGGACCCAGGACCUUCCUGCUGCGAGCAAGCUGCUGCUGGGCAUCACUAAGUUAGCAGGCAAGACGUGGCUCGCGUCUGUCGCCACCGUCGCUGCGACGCCGGAAGGCCCAGCCGGUGCCGUCGGAAGCCCAGCAAGCUCGAGGCUAAACCUACGACGUACUCCGUACUCCGUAUUACAUAGUAGGAUAUGUAGGGCACGGCUUGCGCCAGAGACGCUUGCGAGGCGACAAUGGGCUCCGAGGGAAAAGGAGGGGCAGCACGAUACAGUUACGAAUGAAUCUGGCGACGGCGCGGCCGUUAACGUUACGCUCCUGCUUUAG